AGUGAUUGAUUGAUGGCGUGCGUGCGUGCGUGCGUGCGUGCGUGCGUGGAGAGAGACAGAGACACGGACGCGGACACUGAUAGGCCUGUGAGCCGCAAGACACAGGUGUGGACACCGACUGCGCGGUGGGACCAGUGUGACCUGCGUGAAGGAAGCCGCUGCGACAAGGGACAGAGCUCCGAGCAUCGCGGUCGUCCUUGUGAUAUGCAUGUGCCACCAUGCCCAGUGUGUGUUACGUUGGAUGUGGAAACCAUGGAAGCUCUGGGAGUAUUGAACACGACAGUCAGGAGCCCUGCUUCCAACCUGAGUCACCACGUGCCUGUGGACGUGUCCUCCCCCCUGAACGGACGCUACACGGGAACAACAGCUUUCCUGCUUUGACUCUGUCAUUACAGUGCCUGUCACCUGCAGUCACCACCGUGAGACGGAUGGCCAGGUGUCUGUCCUGACUAGGAGCCGGCUACGAGCAUGGGAACAGACGAUGUUGUGUGACUCUCUUCCUGCCCCUUCCUGACUCUAAUGAUGGCCGGACUUAUUUCAGUACUCUACCUCAUUCUCUGAAUGUGGACCAUCAAAGGAGGAAAGGAUGCCGGCAGCCCGAGGGAAAUCAAAAUCCAAGGCACCGGUGACUUUUGGGGACUUAGCCAUCUACUUCUCACAGGAGGAAUGGGAAUGGCUGAGUCCCAUUCAGAAAGAUCUGUAUGAAGAUGUCAUGUUGGAGAACUACCACAAUCUGGUCUCAGUUGGUCUUGCCUGCCGGAGGCCAAAUGUCAUCGCCUUGUUGGAGAAAGGGAAAGCACCGUGGAUGCUGGAACCAUCAAGAAGGCGCCGGGGUCCUGAAUCAGGCUCUAAGUAUGAGACCAAGAAGUUACCACCAAAUCAAUGUAACAAAUCUGGGCCAACCAUCUGUAAGGAACCAACUUCUUCACAACAAAAGGUUCCCACAGAGAAGGCAAAACAUAACAAGAAUUCAGUCCCAAGAAAACCCAAGAAAGAACAUUCAGGCACAAAAUCUUUCAAGUGUAAUCUUUGUGGGAAAACCUUUUUUCGAAGCUUAUCUCUUAAACUUCAUCAAGACUUUCACACUGGAGAGAGGUCUUAUGAGUGCAGUACCUGUAGACAAGGCUUCAGGCAGAUCUUGUCCCUCAUGACUCAUCAGAGAGUUCACAAUCGGAAUAAAAGCUAUGAGUGUGAUAAGUGUGGGGACAUUUUUAAUAAAAAGUUAACUCUUCUGAUACAUAGAAGAAUUCAUAAUGGAAAGGAAAAUUUUCACCAUGAGAAGGCCUCAGAUUCAUGCCUCUCUCUCAGUCUACCCCAUGACAAUCAUACGACUGACAGCAUUCACCAGUGCGGAAAAUGUGGGAGAGUCUUCAGCAGGAGGUCAUCACUUUUACUUCAUAAGAGGAUUCACAACAGAAAGAAAAUACAAAAAGACAAUAAAUACGGGAGAGGCUUCAAAAAGAAGACAGUCCUUGUACAUAAAACAGUUUGCACUGGAAAGAAAACUCAAGAAAGUAAGGCGGCCUUAAUUCAAGGUCCGAGGCAGAAAAUGUGCCAGUCAGAAAACCCGUUUUUGUGUAGGAAGUGUGGGAAGUCCUUCGGGAGGGUCUCAGGGCUAAUGCUUCACCAGAGGGCUCACACGCAGGGCAACCCCUACAAGUGCGGUAGGUGUGGGGAAGACUUUGGACGGCUCUCCACCCUCAUUCUGCACCUAAGGACCCACAGUGGGGAGAGGCAGUUUAAAUGCAACAAGUGUGAGAAGGUGUGCAAUCGCCUUUCAUCCUUUAUUCAGCACCAGAAAAUUCAUAAAAGGAAAAAGAAACUCAUUCAGUGCAAGGAAUGUGGGAAGAUGUUUGGUGGGAUGAAAAACCUUAAAGUACAUCUCAACAUCCAUUCGGAAGAGAAGCCCUUCAAGUGCAAUAAGUGUAGUAAAGUUUUUGGCCGUCAGUCAUUUCUUAGUGAACAUCAGAGGAUCCAUACUGGCGAGAAGCCCUAUCAGUGUGAGGAAUGUGGGAAGGCCUUCAGUCACCGGAUCUCUCUGACCCGACAUAAGAGGAUUCACAGCGAGGACAGGCCGUACGAGUGUGACCUGUGUGGGAAGGCCUUCAGCCAGAGCGCUCAUCUUGCACAGCAUGAAAGAAUUCACACUGGAGAGAAGCCUUACGUGUGCAAGAUAUGUAAGAAGUCCUUCACUCAGCGCAUAUCCCUCAUUCUACAUGAAAGAAGUCACACUGGGGAGAAACCCUAUGAGUGUAAUGAAUGUGGGAAGGCUUUCAGUAGCGGCUCGGACCUUAUCCGACAUCAGAGAAGUCAUUCUUCAGAGAAACCGUAUGAAUGUGGCAAAUGUGGUAAAGCUUAUAGUCGGAGCUCGUCUCUGAUUCGACAUCAGACUACACAUUCGGAGGAAACAUCCUAAAGCUGCCACUGAAGCUGAAAAAGCUAACAGGGUACAGAGAGGUGUUCAGAGACAUGGAGCGUGUGAGUGUUCUUGACUUAUGAUGAUGUGUGUCCCAAACGAAAUAUAUACUUAAUAUCCCUGACCUGCCAAAUGUGAUCACCCAGCAGCACGGUGUAAGGUGGAGUCCCAGGUGUCCACUCUCCUGACUGUGUGGCCUCCCGGAAACCGCGGCCUGGUCCUGCCGCCCAGCAUUGCCAGAGUUAUCAUCCUGCUUGUCAUCAGCCUAGGGAAAGAUCACAAUUUGACCCAAUUCCUAGUCGAAUGGAUAUUGUUUCUGUACCAUCAGAAGGCUGAAAAAUCAUAAAUUGUCAAUCAUUAAUUGGAGGAUGGGAAUGAUCUGCCAAACACAUGUUUUGUGUAUGUGGGGCCACGUUAUAUUUUCCCUUUGGAAGCUGAAGGGCAAGAGCAGUCAGUAGAUUCUGAAGAAGGUCUGGGAGCAGCUGAGGUAUGCUCAGAAUUUCGGAGCAGGGUUUGUGAAUGAAACUGUAUUUCAGUAGACAUUUCAUUUUUAGUGUAGUGUGCAUGUCAUAUCAUUGGAUACAUAAAGUGAACCGGAACUACAAAGUUCAUUUUUCUGGAUGGAACUUUGAGCCUUAGUUGAGGUCCCAGGAAAAUAGAGUGUUAAGUCCAACAGGCAAACCAGGCAAAGCAGGGUGCCUUUUCCUGACAGAUCUGUGCUGGGGUGAGAAUGAAGAGAGUGAGUCUUUAGUUGCUAGAAACUGUAGUUACAGUGGGUGUGGAGCAGUAGUCAGUACCACACUGCCUCCAUGGCUGUGAAGAUACACUGUGAAAAUUUACUAAGACAGGCUGGGGACUUGGGCAGGAGAUACUGAAGAAUGAGGAACUUCAGAGCAGGGAGAAGCUAUUUUUUACUUUUUUUUACUUGAAAAUAAAUCAUCUAUAUUUAUAUAAGUAAACGGUGUUUUCAUAUAAUACUUCUAGUUGCUCUACAAAAAGUUACUCUUGACAUAUAUGUUUGGGUUUUUACAGUCUGGAUAUUUGUGCCACCCCAAAACUCAUGUGUUGAAGCCCUAACCCUUCAAUGUGAUGCUAUUUUGAAAUGAGAUUAAUGGAGUUGUGGAGCGGCUGGGCCCUUUUGAUGUGUUUAUUGAUCAGAGACACCAGAGGGCGUUGUCUCCUGUGCUAUGUGAGACACAAGCAGGCCCUCUGCAAACCAAGGAAGAAACCUCAGCAGGACCUGGCCAGUUUGCUGCCCUCGCCUUGAAUUUCCAGCUUGUGGAGGAGCUGUGAGGACCUGAGUCGGCGUCUGUGGUGCUGUGUCACAGCAGCUCAAGCUGGAGCUCGUGGAAGAACUCCUGGGUUAAGGUACUGGCUGGUUUCCUUUGACCUGUCCAACAUGCUUGAUAUUUAUUUUUUGUCCCCUUUUCCAGCUUCUGUAAGCUAUAUAAGAAAUAAAGUCUGAGUUCUUUUGUGUGAUUA